AUGCCUCUUAUACUCGACACCCCUUCGGAGUCCUCGGUGGAAUCGGGGUCAGACUUCCAGGAAGAGAGACGAAAGGUACAUCACGAUGCCGACGUGGUUAUCGUGGGCGCGGGCAUCGUGGGGUGUUCGUUGGCAGUGGCGUUGGCCAACCAGGGGCGCAGUGUCAUCCUACUCGAGAAAUCAUUGAAAGAGCCGGAUCGCAUAGUCGGGGAACUUCUACAACCAGGCGGUCUCGAGGCAUUGACGAAACUGGGCUUGCGCCACACGCUCGACGAUAUCGAUGCGAUUCCGGUGAAGGGGUAUACCGUGGUUUACUAUGACGAGCAGGUGCCCAUUCCAUAUCCUACCUCGACGCGACACACACGGGAUCGACGUUCGGAAGUGGCAGGCAACGGCAAGAGGGCAGAGGGACGGUCAUUCCACCAUGGUCGAUUCGUGUCUCGGUUGCGCGCAGCAGCCAUGUCACAUCCCAACAUUACCGUCUUCGAAACCGAGGCCACUUCACUCAUUGUGUCCUCUCAUAACGCCGAAGUUCUUGGGGCCGAAUCUAUCACACAAAAAACACAAAAGGAUUAUUUCUUUGCGUCACUGACUGUUGUCUGCGACGGAUAUGCCUCCAAAUUUCGAAAAUCAUACAUUUCGCACACGCCUCAGAUCAAGUCAAAAUUUUGGGGGCUGGAACUGAUCGACUGUCCUCUCCCGAUCCCACAGCAUGGCACAGUGGUCUUGGGAGACAAUGCCCCUGUUCUGCUGUAUCAGAUCGGCACUCACGAGACGCGAGCACUGGUGGAUAUUCCAGACGGUUUAGCAUCUACGUCGACGACGAAUGGUGGCGUCAAAGGUCAUCUACAGAAGGUGGUGCUCCCAUCGCUACCCGCUAUGGUGCAACCGUCGUUUGAGGCCGCUCUGGAGAAAGGCAGCCUUCGAAGCAUGCCCAACUCCUUUCUCCCUCCGACAACCAAUACAACCCCGGGUCUAGCCAUCCUCGGUGAUGCUCUGAACAUGCGCCAUCCCUUGACUGGCGGCGGCAUGACGGUCGCUUUGACUGAUGUCGUCUUACUCUCCGACUUACUCUCUCCCGCAAAUGUCCCCGAUCUCGCAGACACUCGGCUCGUCCUCAGGCAAUUCCGCACAUUUCACUGGCGACGCAAGAAUCUGAGCUCGGUCAUCAACAUCCUGGCUCAAGCGCUGUACUCGCUUUUUGCCGCCAGUGACUGGCAACUCAAGUACCUCCAAAAGGGGUGUUUCCGAUAUUUCCAACUGGGCGGCAAAUGCGUCGACGAACCCGUGGGAUUACUGGCAGGCAUCAUCCCGCAACCUUUUGUACUGUUUUAUCACUUCUUUAGCGUGGCGUUGUUGAGUAUCUGGGUGCUUGUUCGGGAGAACGGAUGGCUUUUGUUGCCUCUUAGCAUGUUUCAGGGGUUGUUAUUGUUCUUGAAGGCUUGCGAGGUUAUUUUUCCGUACAUAUUCGCGGAACUGAGGCGUUGA